GCUUUGAUGAUCAACAAGAACAACAAUAGCAAAAAUGGUCAACAUAACCCUAAUCAUCAUCAUCAUCAUCAACAUCAUUGUCAUUAUCGAUGGUGGUCAACAAAAUCAUUAGCCAUAAUGUUACUAUUAUUGGCCAUUAUGGUUGCAUCUGUUGCCGAUUGUAGACUACGAAAGUCACGAAGAUAUCAUAGGACAUCAAUGAAUCGAAAAAGUAGAGGUGUGGCAAUAAAAUUCACUUGUUCAGGACGUCCAUUAGGUUAUUAUGCUGAUCCAGAUUUUGAAUGUCGUAUAUUUCAUAUAUGCGAUAAUUUUGGCCGUCGUAUUCCAAUGCAUUGUCCACCGCAUACAAUGUUUAAUCAAAUGUAUCGUGUUUGUGAUUGGGAUUAUAAUGUUGAUUGUCCAUCAUCUAAAUCAUGGUAUCAUGUUAAUUCAAAUAAUCAUGGAAAUACAAAUGAAUCAACGGAGAGAGCUGCUGCAGCAUCGGCAUCAUCAAAAACAAUGAUACAAUUUCAUUCAACAACCACAACGACACCAUUAAAUCUAAAUGAUCAUUAAUCCGUUGAUUCUCUAAUGUUUUUGAUCGGGUGAUUUUUUUUUUGACUUGGACAUAAAUUACCCGAAACAAAACGAUUAUUCAUCAAUCUGUGGAUGUAUUUUUUUCAUCAAUUAU